AAGUGGUUUAGUUUGCCAUGGAUCUUCUACAAGUACUAAUAUUAUUAUGCUCGUUACUGCAGCUGUGCCGUGCCGGACCGUGCUGGGGAUGCGAUGAUGAUAUGAUGAAUAAUGGUGGUGGUGGCAAUGAUGAUUGGUAUCGUGAUAGAAUCGCCUCUAUACCACAGUAUGCUGAGAUUCUGCCGCCCCCAAUGAGAAAUGUACUGGCUGAUGGUACGGUUGGAUAACUCGCUGCAUCUCAACGACAUUAAUAUGGGGAACAAGGAUGCUCUCUUACUUUUUUCUAUACCCAAUUUUUUUUUUUUGAUUUUUAUCAAGUAAAAACUGUCAGUUUUCCUACUUUUUCAGUCUUUAAACUUGCAUUCAACAUACACUUACACACAAACCAACACACAAAUAAAUGUAAAAAAAGACAAAAAAAAAAAAAAUAAACAUAAUAAAUAAAAAUGGUUAGAGGCAAAUCAAAAGAUACAACAAAUUCCAAAAUGUUGAGAAUUUCAGAGGAAGAACCAUCUGUCAUAGAAACGGGUAUUAUGAAACUAAUAACCGAGGAGGAAUGGUUGGCAAGGGAGCAACGUCAUCAUCAGCGUAUUCAGGAUGUUAAGAUCUGUCUGGCUUUUAUAAGUGAGUCUAUUGAGGAUUAUAAGACAUUGCUGAAAUUGCAGAGUAAAAAUGAGCAGUGGGAACGGUUCUUACAUUGCGAUGGUCUUCCGCGUGUUCAGGAUCCUCCCGAAUUACGUCGAUUUUUAGCGGAGAUAUAUCACGUCGAGGAAGAGAAUAAGCAAGAAGAGGUGAAUUGGGCCCUGGCGGUGAAUGAGUGCAGUAUCCUUACACAGGACUUUGAAGCUAAAGAUCUUACAUACAAAGCUCUUAAAGAGAAUCUAUGUCCAGACCUGGGUAAGCUAUACGAUGAUGCUAUACAUCGUAUACUGAUUAUUUUAAAUCGAAUCGAGUUGCUGCUGAGUUCUGAAUAUGCGAUGGUCGAUAUACCUCCGGAUCGGGGCCUGGAAAUAAGCCUAAUUCGAUUUGAAUUAAAUCAAGCAAUUGAUGCGCUUUUCGAUAAAUUAACCUAUCGCAUUUUAUGUGCCCCAAGCUCAUAUAAGACCUCAUUUGAGGCUAUCACAGGGAGCUAUUGCUAUAAAAGUUCGAAUUUUAACCUUGAAAUCUGGUGGUUGAGGGAUGUGCCCAUUAGAUUUAAAUAUAUGGAACUGCCCUUGAUGGUGGCCAAGUUGGAUUGUGUGGGCGUCGAUGUCCAAAUACCAUUGAGAGUGCUUUGCGAUAAUCUAACUCUGCGUUGUAUUCACACUUUUUUCGAUCCCUACUCGGAGAAUGCCAAGAGUAACAUACAGAUAAUUGACAAGUCGACAAGUGAACUUAAUGCUGGCAUGACUGAUAUAGAGGAUUGUCUGAUCAAUGAAUGGCUCAUGCAGUUGUCCAUUAUGAAUCAGAUGAUCACACGAAUGGAACAAAAGAUGAUCAUCUAUGCGGAGAACAUGAGAGAACUUGAGCCGAAAUUAGCUCAACUAACUAAGGCUAAUCCGAGAGCUUCAAAACUGUUCAAAUUACCCAAGGAACCACAAAAAUUAACAGAGGGCAUGUUUCCCGAUCCAUAUAAAGCAUUUUUAGAGCACGAACAGCUAGAAUUGGAUGAGUUUUGUGAACAGUUUCUUAGUCCACAGAAUCUGCAAUUGCAACCAGAUGAGAUCAAUUUGAGGUGUUAUACAAUACUGGGCGGUAUCUUUUCAAUGUCUUUUGUACAUAAGCCCAAGCAUACGGACUUUAUUGAGCACAAUCAGACAAUUCAUGAUGAUAAGCGUUUGCUUUAUACUAUAGAUAAUCUGCACGCCUUUGCUGCACAGGCCAAAGAAGAUAAUAACGAUGAUAAUAAUACAAAUAAUAAUCCAUUUGCCUCACGAAAAAGAAAAAGUGAACGGAACAUUGAAAGGAAAUCGGAUCGGAAAUCAAAUAUGGAUGAUAACAUUCGGCCACGAUUGCAGAUAGCACAGACAUUGGAUGAGGAAAACUUUAAGAAUCUUCAUCUGGAGGGAGAUGAAGUCGAGUAUUUCUUUGUGACUAUUAAAGUGCCGGAACAACUCUGUCGCUAUGGCGAACCUUUGGCAUGUCAAUAUAUCGAUGAGUUUGUAGAAGAGGAAGUCGAAGAAGAUGUGGCUUCUCUAGAGCCAGAAGAGCGUCGACGCAAGAAAAGGAAAAAGAGACAAACAAAAAGAGUAGAUGCUAGUACGAAUACAAGAGCAGCAAGUUUACCAAUGAAAAUCUUCAAAGAAAUGCAGAGUGAAGAUGAUGAGCCUAGAUGGGAAUUUAAUAGACCGAAACCAUCAAUUAUAACGCCAAAGUCUUCAGUUGCCAGUAAUAUUUAUCGAACCUCUUAUCACACUUCCCUGCGAGCGUUCGCAUUGCGUCAGAGUCUUUUUUCCGGCAUUAGACUCCGUAACUUUAAGCUGACCGAUGAGCUCCUGGACACCACGCAGAUUAGCGAACUGAGAAAACACUGUCUACCCCGCAUGCUGUCUUCGUUUAAGUUUCCGCAGGAGUUUAAAUCGGAAAAAUUUGAGGCAUUUACCCAGCGUCAGAAGGGAAAUAAGAUUCUACGGCGUAAUCCGAAAGUAGAAGCUGAAAUAUACAAAGAUGAGCCGGAAUACUUGAGUUACGAGAAACAGGAGGCUCCCGAGCGACUUUAUCCCCUGUUCGACUGGCGGGAGAAAGUGAUUUACGAACAGGACCAGGAUCAGGAACAGGAAAGUUCCCUAGAGAAUUCAUCCUCCAUGUCCGAGAUACAUAUUAAAGUAUUGAAAAUCGAUCAGAUCUCGGAAGCCGUACAGACGGACGAUAUAAAAGACCAGACCAUGUACAGUGUGCUAAAUGCUCUCGAUGAUAUUCAAAGAAAAUACAGAGAACGUGCCGCAAAGCUAACACAACAGCCGAGUUUUGGUUAUAAAAGCCGUUCCCAUUUGGGUUCCCCGUUGCUGACAUCCGCCAAGUCAAAGAGCACGGUUCGCAUAUCGACAAUCGGCAGUAAGCUCGUCCAUAUACCCAGAUAUUCACGGGGAAAUUCACGCCAAUCGAACAUCGAUUUAGGCUCCUUUGAUAGCAGUGGAACACCUCCCAGUAUCGGAUCAAUUGCCAGUGUAAAUUUUCGACAUGGCACUAAGAAUUACAAUGACAUCGACAGAGAACCCUCCAAGAAAACUUAUAAACAGGUUAAUGUCAAACACUGGACAACAAAGCAUAUUGUAGAAGCGAAAUUCAAUAGGGAGGACUUAACAGUUACCAUCAAGACGGAUCGUUUAGGUUUAUUCGGAUUUGCCUACAAGCGUUACGAGCAUUUUCCAUUUCGCGACUGGAAACUGCAGCUGAAUGAGGAUCAACCCGACGAAAUCAUCUUUACCUUGGAUACAUUCCAUGUGCGUAUAAUCCUGUUUAUAACAAAUGCUGGUAUACGCGGUUAUGUGACCGAUUCCAAUGAUGAGUAUGUGGCAAAUCCUGUCAAGCAUAUGGAAAUCAAGGAGCCCAUUUCCGACUAUCGGGAACUGCGCAGGCGCUUCUUGGAGAAGAACAUCAAUAUAUUUGCAAAGUCCGAUGCCUGCUAUUAUAUUGAGAAUGGUUACUUCUCGGAGAAGCAUCUGUCGACGGAGCUGCAUAUCUAUGAUGCUUUUGCCGUGCACUGCAAGCUGAUGAAAUUCUAUCGCUGUGAUUGGAAUCGAUUGGCGCCACGACGCGAUAUUAUUUUGUGUCUACGCAAUCCAAAGGAUUGGAAUGAUGUUACCGUACGGGUAACACCCGAUAGCUCAACAUUUGUGGAGGUCUCCGAACCAUGCACCCUUGAUCUGACUGAGGUUAAGCUGGCUUAUCAGCUCACCUGGCGUAACAUUGGCACCUACUCGGAUCUGCAUCAGCUGAUCACUUCGAUGUAUCCACAGGCAACAGAUGUGCGCAAUCGGGAUCCCAAAUUGAUACACUAUAUACGCACACUCUUCAAAGAGGUCAGACCCUUGAGUUACUCCUAGUCUCCUACGCUCCAACGCUGUGUGAUGAAAAUGCAUUCGCUACAUCAAUUGGCAUCAAUUGAAGGUAAUUCUGGGCCUUGGAGAGACCUCUUCCCCGAGGCUCAAUCCACCUAUGGAUAUUGCUAGGUCAAGGCUUCUGACUCCCUCAAUGAGAGAUCAACAAUUGGUGGAUAUUAUGAAAUCUCAAGGCGUGCAAUCUCGUGUCAUCGGUGGUGAAGUGACAACCAUUGAGAAGUUGGGCGGAUAUCUUGUAGCUCUGCGCUA